GCGGGCAGCGGCGGCCGGGCCGGGAUGUUGGGGCACGUACGGGGAGCAGGGGAGUCACCGGCCGCCCCGCUGGCUGCGGGCCGCGCCCGGAGCGGGCCGCGGAGCUUCAUCGUACGGAGGCUUUUUGGUUCACUGGAGGCUCGAGUGCCCCCCGCCUUGGGAUUCAAAAGCAAAUUAAUUUCCCCCGAGAGCGCAGUGGAAGCCAUAGAGCAGUUAUUUACCUCUCUGGGCGCUGUGUAAGGGUCUUCUGGGUGUCCGGUGUGGGGCAGAGCAAGGAGGGACGGAGCCAUGUCUGGCCCCAGGAGGAGGGAAGGGAGCUCUAGGAGAUGUGCUGCGGGACAGAGUCGUCCUUCCCUUCUCAGGGAUGUGAGAAAAGCUUAACCCCGAGGCCGGGAGUGGAGCGGGGGGACAGAGGUGGUGGUCCACCAACUUUCCCAACCCGUCGUUGAUGUACCUGGGGCCCGCGGGUGUGAGGUGACCUUCUGGCGGGGUUGGGAAGAUGAGCCGCCGUGUGGAUUGUCAUCUCCUCGCUCACGUUUAUUGCAGUAAAACGUGCUGAGGAAACGCUGUGGUACCGUGAAGGAAGAAAUAGGGGACAGCUAAUGGCAAGGAGGAGCCUGCUUUAUUUUCUGCUUUUCUGUACUGGCUAUCAUGAUUUACAAGGUGGAAACGUGAAAAGCCAACCCUGCUUCCUGGGACACAGAAAUGUGGUGAAGAUGCCUCCAAGUGUCAGAGACGGGGCUUUAUCCUCAGAAGCACCUUUUUGCCUGUGGGCUCUGUUCAGUCAUUAACGGCUCCGUAAUAACCCGUGGCUAUUAGGGGGCAGCAAGGGCGGCAGGAACCUCGCCAUGGGGUACGACAAAAGCUGGGUCUCGAGGAAUGAAAGCCAGCACGUCCCGUUCCAGGCUGCCGGCAGCGCCCUGGAGAUGAGGAACACCUCGGCUGGGCAGAUGGUGUGGCAGGGUGGGAACAGCAGCGAGACCGGCGCCCCGGAGAGCGAGGAGCACGGCGAAGAGCAGACCUACCGGCAUUUCACCACCACCGUGCAAAUCGUCAUCUUCGUCGGCUCUUUGCUGGGUAACAUCAUGGUGCUGUGGUCAACUUGCAGAACGUCGGUACUUAAAUCUGUAACAAACCGAUUCAUUAAGAAUUUGGCCUGCUCGGGGAUCUGUGCCAGCCUGGUCUGUGUGCCUUUUGACAUUGCUCUCAGUGCCAGUCCACACUGCUGCUGGUGGAUCUAUACAAUGCUGUUCUGCAGAAUUGCCAAGUUUCUACACAAAGUCUUCUGCUCAGUGACCAUCCUUAGUUUUCCAGCCAUUGCACUUGACAGGUACUACUCUGUUCUAUACCCGCUGGAAAGAAAAAUAUCUGAUGCAAAAUCCCGAGACCUGGUUAUCUAUAUGUGGGCACAUGCAAUAGUGGCCAGCAUUCCAGUAUUUGCUGUAACCAAUGUGUCUGACAUUUAUGCCAUGUCCACCUGCUCUGAAUCUUGGAGUUACUCCCUUGGCCACCUGAUAUAUGUCAUCAUCUAUAACAUCACCACUGUGAUUGUACCAGUGGCUGUGGUGUUUCUCUUUAUGAUUCUUAUUCGCAGGGCACUGAGUGCCAGCCAGAAGAAAAAAGUCAUCAUAGCUGCCUUAAGGACCCCUCAGAACACCAUUUCCAUCCCCUACGCCUCCCAGCGAGAAGCUGAGCUUCAUGCCAUGCUGCUUUCCAUGGUUAUGGUAUUUAUUUUCUGCAGUGUUCCCUACGUGACCUUGGUGAUUUACCGCACCAUACUCAAUAUUUCAGAUAUUUCAGUCUUCUUGCUCCUCACUGCCAUUUGGUUGCCCAAGGUCUCUUUGCUGGCCAAUCCUUUGUUAUUUUUAACUGUUAACAAAUCAGUACGGAAGUGCUUAGUGGGGACAAUAGUACAGCUGCACCGAAGGUACAGCAGGAGAAACGUUGUCACCUCGGGUGGUGUUGCAGAUGCUAAUUUGGAGCCCAGUGUCCGUUCGGGGAGCCAGCUUCUGGAGAUGUUUCAUAUUGGGCAACAACAAAUCUUCAAGCCAAUGGAAGAUGAGGAGAAUGAGACCAAAUCCAUUGGCUCUGGUGACUUUCAACAGAAAGAAAUUCCUACCACCAGUUUAGAGGUAGGAGAGACUUUGGUUCACAAAUUUAUACCACAGACGAUUGCAGACUCUGCAGCUCAGGUGGCGCCAGCUGUGCCCACAGAAGCUGAUACAGUAAAUGAUAAGUAUUCCAUGCAGUUUGGUUUUGGACCCUUUGAGCUGCCUCCACAGUGGCUCUCAGAAAACCGAAACAGUAAGAAGCGACUCCUGCCUCCUUUGGGGAAUACCCCUGAAGAGCUAAUCCAGACAAAACAGCCCAAGUGUAAAGCAGAAAGAAAAAUCAGCAGAAACAAUAAAGUCAGUAUCUUUCCCAAGGUGGAUUCUUAGUAAGAACAGGAGUUUUAAGUGACAGAGGAAGGUCACCUUCUAUUAUUAUGUGUGAUCCCAUGGAUCUUUGUUAUGCCAAAAUUUGUUACAGGCUGAUUUUUUUUGUGCCAACUUUAAUUUAAACAAACAAACAAAAGGGAAUACAAGUGUUUCUUAUGAAUAUGUUUUCAUGAAAAUAAUAUAUCAAAAGAUGGCCAUUCUUAGUUUUAUCUGUGAAAUCUCUACAAUGAUACUUGCCUGAUUAACUUUCAAAACGUACAUAUGGCUUUGGGAACACUUUGUAUGGCUGAAGUAGGGAAUACAGCAGUCAGUCUGCUGGGAAACCUUAUGCUGUAUUAAAAUGGACUGGGUAUCAAAGUAUCUUAAUA